AUGAAUAUAUUAUUUUUAAUAUCGUUUUUCGAUAUGAUAAUUUUAAUACUUAUAUCGGUUGUAUAUGCUCAAUUGGAUCAGCUGCGAGAAACAGAAUUGGGAUUAACGUUAUUAGAAACAGUUUAACUACACAUUCAAGCAGAUGAGCCUACUGGAGAUUUAUUGUAAUUAUUGAAUGGGAUUCAUGAGAAAUUGGUUAAGCAAAGGAACAAUACUAAUAAACUGUAGAAAUCUAAAUUGGAUGAGUGCAUGGUAAAUGUUGAAUCGUUAGAGGAAUUGAUUGCAAAACUGAAGGAGGAUAAAUAUGAUGUACGAGAAGAGAUCUAUGCACAUAAGCCUCACAUUGAAUAAUUCGAACACAUGAAGUCAACUAAAAACAAAGAGAAGGAAUCGUUGAUAAAAAAUAUAGAGAUUUGUUAAAACAGAGAGAAUUUGCAAAAAGAAUAAUAUCAUAAGUUAACAAUCUAAUUACAAGAAAGGAGAUAUGAUUAUGUGAAUCAAAAAAAUCCCUUGUCUCUGAAAAUUGAUCAAUAAAGUUUGAAACCUUUGUUAAACGAUCUGAUCGAUUUUACAACAGACAUGAUGUCAUUAGAAGACAAGUAUUUUGAUGAGAAAGAACAACAAACCAAAAAUUUAAUAUCAUUAUACUAAUCACAAUUAGAUAGUGUCAUACAAUUUUUGGAUGAAAUCUAAGAGAACAUCAACGAAACUGAUCACUUAGUAAAGCAAUUAGAAUUGGAAUACAAUGAAAUCAAUCAUAGAAUUAAUUUAAAACAAGAAUAAGUUAAUGAUAUCAAGCAAGAGUGCAAUAAUAUAUUUUAAUAAACUAAAUUUUAAUCAUAACGAAUCACAAAAGAAAUUGAAGUUGUCAAUUAAAUUAUCUAACUAAUUGAACACAAUUUUGGAUGGCUGCGUUCACAAUUAGGAUUAUGAAGGCAUAAAUAUUAUUACCCAAAUAUCAUAUUAUUU